AAAAUCUUAUAAUUUUUCUAUUAUUGUAUUUUUUUUUUAAUUAAGCUAAUAAUAGAUUCAUCAUAAGUUCGAUGUGUGUUGUAAACGUACGGUACGCUUAAAAAGUGAUUUAUUCCGUUUAUAAAAAACCAAUAAAAUCAUUUUGAAAAACUAAAAAAACUUAAAAAAAAAAUAAUCAAAAAAUUUUCAAAAGAUUCUUUUAAUUAAUUAUUUACAAGCUGUUAUAGAUAACGAGUUAAAAGUGAACGGAAAAUAUUAUAAGAUUUGCGGAAUAGUACUGAUUACUCAAAUAAAUAUUGCCUUUGCUUAGUAUGGAUAUUUUUGUAAUCCUAUAAUCAAAAUAAUAAUUCAGUGCUUGUGCCAUCUGCCUUAAAUGGCAUUUGAAAAAGCUUAAGGCACUGAAAAGAUCGAAUCAUAUGACACUAUAUCCAUUAGUAUAAUUUGAUAUAUAGAUGGCUUAUUAGAAACUUUAUUAUAGAAAUGAUUCGAGGCGGGCCAAUGGUACGUGCGCAGUUAAUAAAGAAUUUUGCGAUAUUUAUCGGCCAAAGUGCAAUUGAAAAUGUUGAAUAUACUUUAACGGAAGUUGGAAAAGGUUUUAUGGUCCAUCGCUAUACUAGCUCAAUUACAAACGAUCGAUCGAAUCGAUCUCUUUUGCUUGAUUUCUGAACGUGUUUGCUUUUAAGACAUCUUAAUAUUAAUCGCACUCAGAUAUUUCUUCUGUCUUUUUAUGAAUUCUUUUAUAAACAUAAAUAUCUAUGUUACUAAGCAGUAAAGUCCAAGUUUACUAAAUCUUGCACCCUUUGAUUUGAAGGCAAUAAGAAAAAUUAUGAGAAGAAAAUCGAAAUUAACUACAUGUCGUUAAUUAUAUAAAAGCAACAAAUUUUGUAUCAGCAAUUAAAAGGAAAGUGUAAUGAUGGAUAUGACAAUGGGCUCGUUGCUGGUAGAAAAACGAUAAUAAAAAUAUGAACGAAAAAAUUGCAACAAAAUUGAUGAUGGCAAAGAGAUUAAAAACGGAAACGGAAAAAGAAUGCAAGGAUGCAGGUAGUCGAGAACUUGGCACAACAGCUGAGGAUAUACACUUGGACGACCUAUACACACGGUAUCGUCAACGUUUACGUAAGUCAUUGUUUCGUUCAGGUCUAUUAAUAUCGCUGGUAGCAUGUGUAGUCUCCAUUUUAAUUGGUAUCAUUUUUCAACAGCAAUUAUUGCAAACGCUAUUACUGGCUUUGGCUGCCUUGAUAUCGGCUGGCAUAUUAACUGCCUUGCAAUUCCCGGCCGUAUUGAAUUCACCAGUUGCUGCUCUCUCCUUUGCAGUAGCGACCACAUUCUCAUUGGGUACGAUAGCAGCAGUUACAAGUGAGGAAUUAGCGCCAUUACCGCUAUACGCCAUUUUCUUGGGUAUUCACACAAUGCUGCCUAUAUCGUGGCCAGUGUCGGUAGUAUUAGCCGUAUUCAUGACAGCCAUACACAUUGUUUAUCGGAUUGGUAUGAGUCCCGAAUAUACGCCAAAUUUGCCUGUGGUCUUUGGAGAACUUGUAAUGCUGGCUAGUGCAUCCAUUUCUGGUCUUUAUUAUCGUAUCAUGUCGGAUGCAGCGCAUAAUCGCACUGUGGACGGUACCCGUACUGGCAUCGAGCAACGUGUCAAGCUGGAAUGCGAACGUGAACAACAAGAACAGUUGCUAUUAAGCGUUAUACCUGCUUAUAUAGCGGCCGAGGUGAAACGGAGUAUUAUGCUGAAAAUGGCCGAUGCUUGUCAAAGAGCAGGUGGUCAGUCAACCACCUCUGCUACCCGUUUUCAUGAAUUGCAUGUUCAGCGUCACAACAAUGUGUCGAUCUUGUACGCAGACAUUGUGAAUUUUACACCACUCUCGGAACAAUUGACGGCUAGUGAUUUAGUGAAAACAUUGAAUGAUUUAUUCGGUCGUUUCGAUCAAAUAGCUCAGGAAAAUCAAUGCUUACGUAUAAAGAUUUUGGGCGAUUGUUAUUAUUGCGUAUCAGGAUUACCGGUAUCUCGACCACAACAUGCUACAAAUUGUGUCAAUAUGGGCUUACAAAUGAUUGAUGCCAUCAGGCAUGUACGCGAGGCGACUAGUAUAAACGUUGAUAUGCGUAUCGGCAUUCAUACAGGCAACGUCCUUUGUGGUGUUUUAGGUUUACGCAAAUGGCAAUUCGAUGUAUGGAGUGAUGACGUGACCCUGGCCAAUCAUAUGGAAAGCGGUGGUGUCGCUGGACGAGUUCAUAUCACGAAACGUACGUUGCAAUGUCUCAACGAUAAAUUUGAAGUGGAGGAAGGGAAUGGUGCAAGUCGUGAUUCAUAUUUGGCAGAUCAUAAAAUUGAAACAUAUUUGAUCGUCCCACCGAAGAAAACCACCUAUAUCAGUCAUUUCGUACCGCAAGUUAUCGAAAUGACAGCAACGCCCGAUAAAGAGAGUCCAAAAUUAACAAAAAACAAUAUGCAUCAGAAUAACGAUACGGAAGUGGAUUCAUCUGAUAAACCGCUUUUGCCACUUACUGUGGUGAAUUUCAAAAGUCACGAUAACGACGAAACAUUCGUUACAAAGGUAAUCUCAACUACGACCAUUAAUAAUCCGGAAUUAAAGAUAACCCAACUAAGUUCAGCCGCAUCAAUGUCGAUAAAAGAGGAAGAAGAUGAAGACACAGUUGAAUUGAAACAACCCGCCAAUAAUGCGUUAAACCAUCAAGAGUCGAACACAGAACGAAUCACCAGCACCAGCUGCCAGAGCAUCAGCAUUAAACAGCAAGAUUCUUUUACGGAUUCGCAUAAUACGAACGAUGAUAGCAAAGUACAAUCAACUGGCACAAAUGCCUUAGUUGUGACAAUAAUAAAUGAAAAUGAAAAUGAUUGUAAUGUUAAGACAAAAACAGAAACUGAAAAUGCGAUGGAGGAAAUAACAGUAACAAACGUUGAUACGACGACUACAACAGGGGUAAAAAAAGUCCCGGCAACAAAUGCAAGCACAAUUCUUGGUGGUAGUAAUUUAUUGGCCACCGAUACAACAGAAGCUAAAAAUAGACGGAAACUGUCCGUUCAAGGCUUAAUAUCUUUUGCUGACAGAAGGCGUUCAUCCGGCGCAUUUAUGGAACGCAAAAUGUCUAUUCAUCACAGUGAAAGUUUUCGCGGUCAUGGAGUUACCCGUAAUCGUCCCUCAUCGAAAAUGACUAAAUACGUUGAAUGUUGGGGUGCCGAUCGACCGUUCGCUAACAUAGCCGAAUCAAAAUUAGUUAAAAAUAUUGGUUUAGCUAGCAUCGCGAUGAUUGAAUCAAAUUUACUACCACCGGAGCGUAAAUGUUUCAAUUUUAAUUGCUUCGGACCACCUACCGAAUUGAGGCCGCUUACCAUGUGGUAUCGCAAUACACCCAGGGAGGCUAUGUAUCGAGCACGUCCAGAUACGCAUUUUCGUUACGAUGUAAUUUGUGCUUUUUUACUCUUCAUCUCUAUGGCUGCGGUGCAAUUGAUUGUGCUCGAUGUGAGCAUAGCGUUGCUGGGCUCGUUGAUGACAAGUUGCUUAUCGUUGGCUUUGUUUUUGUAUUUAAGUAAUGUGCAAGUACCUGAAGUUAACGGUACGGUAACAGAACGCAACGGUACAGGCCAAGUAGUUGCAAGCAGCCGAUACUUGCGUUUAGCUAUAUUUGUUAUUGUCAAUAUUUUAGUAUCCGUUAGUGCAGUAUUCAGUGUGAUUGAUUUCAGCGUUGGCCCGGUAACAGAUUUAAACUUAAAUUCUAGCAAUUAUUCAACAGAUAGUCAUUUUGACAACAAUAUGGUGUCUGAAGUAAUGCCAAUCCUGCUCUAUCACCGUUUAGAAGUAGCUCCCAUUUAUUUAUUCUGUUGCGCGAUUAGUUUGGCAGCAGUUUCAGCAUUUUUACGUUCCGGUUUCAUACUGAAACUCUUCAUAAUGCUUUCAUCGCUCAUUUCUCAAGUUAUUGCAUUACAUUUUAGCGAUCUUUAUCAACAAUACAAUUUCUUCUAUAUGGAUUAUAGUUUACCGCUGGAAGUGAAAGGUUUUCUUCUACUACUAUUGGUUAUUGCCAUAUUGCAUACACUCGAUCGUCAAGGUGAAUAUGUGGCGCGAACCGAUUUCCUCUGGAAAGCGAAACUGAAAGUAGAACAAGAAGAAGUAGAAACCAUGAGAGGCAUUAACAAAAUUCUCUUAGAGAAUAUCUUACCUGCGCAUGUGGCAACGCAUUUUUUACAUCAAGAACGCUCUGCUGAAUUAUAUCAUGAAAGUUACUCAUGCGUAGCGGUCAUGUUCGCCUCAAUACCGAAUUAUAAAGAAUUCUACGAUGAGACCGAUGUCAAUAAACAAGGCCUGGAAUGCCUACGUCUAUUAAAUGAAAUUAUUUGCGAUUUCGAUAAGUUGCUUUUAAAACCGAAAUAUAGCGGCAUUGAAAAAAUUAAAACUAUUGCUAGCACGUACAUGUGCGCUUCGGGUUUAAGACCCGGUAAAGAAGAAGGCGCUACGCUGACGCGUAAUUUUGUGGACGAAAAACGCACCGAAGAACAUACCGUGGUUAUAUUGGUGGAGUUCGCUAUAGCAUUGAUGUCAAUUUUGGAUUCGAUUAAUCGUGAAUCAUUUCAAAGGUUUCGCCUGCGUAUUGGCCUAAAUCAUGGACCUGUAAUAGCCGGUGUAAUUGGAGCGCAAAAGCCUCAAUACGAUAUAUGGAGCAAUACAGUGAACGUCGCGUCACGUAUGGAUUCAUGCGGUGUAAUGGGACGUUUACAAACAACAGAGCAUACAGCCAAAGUUCUAAUUGCAGCCGGCUAUGAAUGCGAAUGCCGAGGUUUAACAUAUGUGAAGGGCAAAGGAAAUCUAGUCACUUAUUUUGUAAAGACACCAUUUGAUGGAAAAUUAUAAUUAAACGGUUACAUUUUUAUUAGAUAAUUUAAAAAAAAAAAAAAAA